AAAAAAUGGGAUUGGUCAAAUGUAGAGAUGACAGUCAAGAAAAUCAAUCAAAUGAUGACAAAAUGUCCGAAAUUUCUACCCAAAAGAUGACAACAGUGAUCACAUGUGGCAUUGUGUUUCUGACAGGGGUCUCUUUGGCUCUGUUGGUGAUGUGGAUCCCAAGCUUUCGGGUGUUCCUGAAUCUGAUAGAUCGCGGAAAAACAUUUUCCGGCUUGUCACCCCCUCCAUCUGGUUUUGGAAGAAUAACGGAUGGUCAUGAUCAUCCGUCUCUGUCGUUAAAGAAAAAGGCUGCAGUUAGCGCAGAUUUGAAGAAUGAAGCCCUUGCAUCCCUUCACCUAGCCUUAGAGAUGAAAGCAAAGGGGAAAAUAGAGAAAGCUACAAAGCUGUUUCAGCACGCAUAUUCCCUUGAUCCAAAGCAUGCUGAUGUUCUGGUCGAGUAUGGAAAACACAUUGAGGAUGAAAGUGAAGAUAUCAUAUUUGCGGAGCACCUGUAUACCAAGGCAUUGGUUGUCAACCCUGACCACACAAGAGCAAUUACAAUGAAGGCGCGAAUUUCACCCAUGGUUAAAGACAUCGAUAAAACAACCCUGGACAGAAUUGAUAACAAGCGAGACGAAUUAUAUAAAAUUCCUGAUGCACAUCCAGGACUUCGGCGGAUCAAACAGGAGGCUUAUUUCCAACACAUCUAUCACACAACAGCAAUAGAGGGGAACACUAUGACAUACCUGCAGGCACGACAUGUUAUUGAGACACGGAUGGCGAUAGGCGGGAAGAGCGUGUUAGAACAUAAUGAGUUACUCGGAUUGGAUGCUGCGUUGCGUUACGUUAAUAGUACCUUACUUCGUCGCAUAGGCAUGAUAUCGCUCACGGAUAUCCUUGAAAUUCACAGGCGUGUUCUAGGUUAUGUUGAUCCCCAUGAAGCAGGGAGGUUGAGAAAGACCCAAGUCUUUGUCGCAGAUCACCGUCCCCCUCAUGCUAAAGAUGUGCCUGCCCUAAUGUUUGAAUUCGUGGAGUGGUUAAAUAGUUACGAGGCACUAAAUCUCCAUCCAAUCGAAUAUGCAGCCUUGGCACAUUAUAAAUUUGUUGUGAUCCAUCCAUUUUAUGAUGGAAAUGGUCGGACAGCUAGGCUAUUGAUGAAUCUAAUACUUAUGCAGGCAGGAUUUCCACCAGUGACGAUAAAAGUGGAGCAAAAACAUGAAUAUUUUCAGCACAUAGUCACAGGCAAUGAAGGUGAUAUACGGCCAUUUAUACGAUUCAUUGCUAGGUGUACAGAAAUUGCCUUAGAUGAAUUUCUCAUGUGCUCAUUGGAGUCUCAUGAUUUAGUGUUAGCUGACGAUCACAGACAUUCACAGCCAACAGAAAACGGCAGGACUAUAAUCAUUGAACCUUAGAUUCAAAAUUUCUCAAAUUAAAGCACUGUGGUGGUGUAAUUUUGAUUUUGUUUGUCUCCACGCUUUCUACGGUGGUGCAUUCUUCAGAUCUGUUUACUGGUAAGUCAAAUGAACCAGUUAGCGUUGAGUCCUUACUUGGAAGGACAGUAAUCAAACACAGUUGUUGGGUUCUGGGUUCAUUACAAGAAGAAUUGUUUUGGUAUCUGUAUGUAAUCAGUUAACAUGUAUGUGAUAAAUGUCUGGUGCUUCCUCUGUGCAUGCUUUCUUUGUUUCUCUUGUAGUUGUGCUCAAUCCAGCUUCAUGGAGUCCUAAGUAAAAUGUCUAAAUUAUGAUGUAAACUUAAUUUCAGUAAUGAUAUUUUGAUUUGCAUUGUAAUUGAGUUGGAGCUUGUGAGUCGAAUCUUUCUGUUGUGUCAGUUGUAGACAACUUAUCUCCUAUGGAAGAUAAGCAUGUACAUGUACUGUAAAUAAUCAUGUGAUAUUUAUUGGUGAA